CAAAGAGUUUCAGUUUUUCUUUUUCUUUUUAAUGCAAAAACGCCAGCUUUUUAAGAGAGAGAUAUGGUAUUGAAAGAAGAACCGAAGUCACCGGAAAGUGACGUCACCAGCAUGAGUUUCGAGGAGACGAAGCUGACUUUAGGAUUGCCAGGGGAGGGACGAUCGUCGGCGGGAGCUGUAAAGUGUUCUGCAAAACGUGGCUUCGUUGAGACCGUAGUCGAUCUUAAAGUCGGGAGUUCUGGUAACUGCAUGCCUGGUGGACGUGAUGACACUACUACUGUUAUCGAUUCCGGUGCCGGAAAACCUCCUCCCGCCAAGGAACAAGUAGUGGGUUGGCCACCAGUGAGAUCAAGUAGAAAGAAGGCUAUAAAUGAGAGGUUUAGGUAUGUGAAAGUAGCCAUGGAUGGAGCUCCAUUUCUUCGCAAAGUAAACUUACAAUGUUACUCUAGUUACAACCAGCUCUUGAAAGAUUUCGACAACUUAUUCGAUUGUAGUAAUAAAGAGGAAAGCAAGCUUAUGGAUGUGGUAAAAAGAAUGGAGUAUGUACCAACUUAUGAAGAUAAAGACGAUGAUUGGAUGUUAGUUGGAGAUGUUCCUUGGAAAAUGUUCGUAGAGUCAUGUAAGCGUAUCCGUUUGAUGAAAUGCUCAGAUCCUACUGUCUUCACCUUAGCAUCAAAGGGCUGUUCUUCUUCCUCUUCUCCAAAAUGUUGAAUCCCAAGCUGAGUUCAUAGUGAGUGUGGUUUAUAUAUAUGUAUGUAUGUAUGGUAACCCCUUGUAAUUAUGUUAGAUUCCAAGAAUAAAUUUGUGCCUUUAAUAUAAAACUUUAAUCAUGUUCCACAACUGAGUUUUUAUUAUUGGAUAUCAUUAUUUUGCAUAUUUUAAA